AUGUCUGCCAAUCAUCUACUAGACAAGAAAGGAGAGACCAUCACGCAAGGGGACUACGUUUCCAUCAAGUCCCGUGGGGGACAUCGGGAGGGUGAGGUUGACAAGAUCGUUACUGACGAGGCAGGGGCUCAGGCAGAAAGGGUCGUGGGCCCGCCCAAGGCAAGUUACCCCCGAUUACCACUCUUCCAGUUGCAUUCAUGA